AGACAACAUUCGCGUUCUCUCGCUCUCUCCUCCUCCAGUCAACAGGAGGCAAAUAGGAGGGAGAGAGGAAAGAAACAACAGCAUUCCCUACGUCAGAUAGAGACAUACCUACUUCUGCUGCGUAAGGAAGAGAUAUACCUAUUUUCUCUACGUCAGUCAUACUUCCCCUACGUAGGAAAAAGAAAACUCCGCUCCAAGAAGUGGUUUAUAACUCUUAAGUGGUUCUUAAGGUAGUGGUAUUUCCAGAAAUAUAAAAACAAGAUUUUGAAGUGGUACUUAUAAAAUUUUGGUCGAAGGAACAAAAAAGAAUAUACUGGCAAGUUCUGGAAUCUUUAUUCCAGUAGUUGAGAAAUAUUUUUACCCAAAGUAAAUCAGGCAAAGAAUUUUUUUUUAUGAGACUUAAGGAUCGUUACAGUGGCCCCCAAAACUUGGAAGAAAUAGCCAUAAAGGCCAGGUUAAAAAAAAAAAACCCACUGAGGUGAAAGAAUUUUGAGAAUCUUCAGAACAAGGAAAAAUAAAUAUGUGCACUGAAGAAGGGAGGAGUACAAGUCUUGCAUGGUAAUGGAAGAGUAAGACCUGCCUAGCCUAGAAGAGCAGGACUGACCUACCCUAGCAACAAGAGUAAGACCUGCCUAGCCUAAAAGAGCAGGACUGGCCUACCCUAGCAACAAGAGACCUGCCUAGCCUAAAAGAGCAGGACUGGCCUACCCUAGCAACAAGAGACCUGCCUAGCCUAAAAGAGCAGGACUGGCCUACCCUAGCAACAAGAGACCUGCCUAGCCUAGCAAUAGAAAAGUGGGACCUGCCCAGCAUAUUAAUUUGUCCAUGCUAAGUACACUGGACCAAUGCUGAUAACUAUAUUGCCAUCCAGCUGUUGCAGAUAAACACUUGAACAGAUAUAUUCAUACAAAAGCUAUAGAUAACCACUCGAAAAAGAUAUAUUUAGGCAGCAAAUGCAAAUAAUUGCUUGAAAAAUACAUUUCCAGGCAUCAACUGUAGAAAAAAUCUCUCUUCAGGAUCUGAUUAUCCAAUCAAUUUUUACCAAACAACUUCAGGGUAAAAAAAAAAAACUUUUCCCUGAGAGCCACUGAUGAAUUAACGAGUUCUCGACUGCAUGAAAAAUGAAUAAGUCUUCCCUGCAUUAGCGUCUCAGACCCACUGAGGAAAAAUAUAAACUCACAGACGAAAAAUAUUGACUUCCUUGAAAUAAUAUAUAAAUCCAUUCGAGAAAAUAAAAGACUCGCUUUAGAGAACACUGUACAAUAGUCUUCUAGAACGUCAAGAGACGAAAUCUUCAGUGAGAUCGUACAUUCGUGUGAAGCGGUAAAGCCGUGUGGGUUAUUUAGCGCCAGGAGUGCUACAGACUUGAGCCUCUGGUUCGCUAACUGGGAGAAAAUAGGUGCUACUCCGGCAGCUUCUGAAAGCUACAAAACCUGAAGCGAGGGAAUCAGGAGCCUGUUUCUUAGCUAGAACAACUAGAUUCUUCAGCCAGGAGCUGACUCCUCGGCUAGGAGACAACGACUCAGCUAGGACCCAGGAUCAGCUGAGAGCAGCAGCCAUGAAGGAGAACAAGCUGGUGGUGCUAGGAGCUGGGGGAGUGGGGAAAACGUCCCUGGUGUUGCAGUUCCUACAAGGAUUCUUCUCUCCCACCUACAAACCUACAGUAGAGGACUGUUACAGUCACACCUUACAGCUGCCCAAUGGGUUAUUCCACUCGCUGGAGAUACUGGACACAUCCGGCUCACAUUGCUUUCCAGCUAUGAGGGAACUCUCCAUCAGGUCUGGACGAGCCUUCGUAAUAGUAUUUGCUGUGAACAGUGAACAGAGCUUUUAUGAAGCUCAGGCCCUCUGGACCCUGAUUACGGAGGUCAAAGAUCUAGACAACGUACCCACAGUGCUGGUGGGCAACAAGAUUGACCUCUCAGCAGAGCGAGAGGUCAGCUGGGAGGAGGCCAACGCCUACGCCACAGAGGUCAUGCCCAACGCCGCCUACGUUGAAACCUCAGCCAAAUAUAACCUCAACGUCACCCUCGUCUUCAAGGAACUACUUGUACUCACCUUCGGCAUCAGCAAGGAGGAGGUCAGUUUGAAAUUAAAGAUUUUUUUUCGGUCUUGUAAAAGCGAUAUUGAAUAUUGGAUAAGCAGUGUGUUGCUGGGUUAUUAAAUUUACUGCAUCGAUCACGUUCCUCUUAACAUCGUAUUAUAUUUUUAGAUAAUAAUAGUAAUGAUAAUGAUUAUGAAAUAAAAUAGCAAUACCUGAAAAGUUUACAUGGAGAGGAUUUCGGGGGUCAACGCCCCCGCGGCCCGGUCUGUGACCAGGCUUCAUUAUUAUUGUGGAAUAUUAAAAUUACCUGGAUGAACCUCAUAAGGUACAUACCAGUAAUUGGUAACAAAGAUAAUUAUUCCUUAUCAAAUGUUAUAGAGACAUGUAGGAAUUUUUAAACAUUCUAGGUCGCCAGAAAAUGUCUCCCCUCGAAUACCUACCACUCAGAUCGACACCAUGCCUAACCCUUCUAGGGUAGGGUAGGUGCCUGAGUCCGAGCCUUUAGCUCAUAAGACUGUCAUUCCCAUUAGCCCCCUUGGGGCGGGGAUGGCAGACCAGAGAGGCCUAGCUUGUGGCUAGGCCUGGGGACAGUUGGUCCCAAAGAUGAGGAGGCACUUGCCUCCUCCCAUGGGAGACUUGGGUCUCAGACACUCCCUAAAGAGGGAGCCAAGGCCGGGCC